CUUGUAGUUGGUGUCGGAGAGCUUUUACCUUCUGUACAGACUUCACGUAGCAUCAGCACAACUCUCGUUGUUCAUUCGAACAGAUCUAUUGGCUUUUCUCGGCAUAAUUAGCAUCUUACUCCUCUAGUUUUUUCUGUAGCAGUCUCCAUUUCCGCUAGAAUGUCUGCCAUGAACCAAAAAUCGCUUUUGGUUGCUUUGUGCUCCUUUUUCUUGCUUUUCUCUUCGGCAAUCGGUGCUUUGGUUGCGCCUAUCGGAGAUGUAAACAAUCUUCAAGGUGUUCAACUUAUGUACACUGAGCGUGUACUAGCAACACCCGCUCCUGAUUUUAAACGGGCGAAGCGUGAUGAUGGGCCUAAACCAUCGUAUUCUACUACUGAAGACAACGUUGUCAUUGUUACCGACAAGUAUUGGUCGUAUUUUUCGGGAGCCAAUAGAGAAGUCCAUUAUCCCUAUAGUUUCUCUGAAGCACAUCCUUCUACGACAGUAACAACAGCGCCUUCGGGAUCAAUCGGUUAUGGCGCGAAGAAUACAAACCGCAAAUUGAUGGAAGGUAGCUCAUCCACUCGCAUCUCCUUCCCUUACAUUUCCUUUGCUUUAGUAGCUGUUGCUAGCUUAUUUGCUUUGAGCAUAUAAAAAAUCUCAAAGUGUCAUUAUUGUUUUGAGAGCUUUCGCCUUGUUGGCAUAUUUAUCGAUAUUUUCAUGAUUGUGAUAUUUGUGUGAAAUAAUCUUUCUUUUCUUAUUCACUGUCUUUUUAUUCAUUCACUUGUAUGAUUUUAUUUCAAACAAGGAAUCAAUAUUGACAUUCAUAUUCUUUUUUCCUAGUUUUAAUGUUCCAGAACGGUUUUCUGAUGUUCUUUCUUAUUUUUUUUGUUCACACUCUUUUAUUAAAAGCACAGUAUGCUCUUUUUUUUCUUGAUGAGUGCUUAAUAUGAAUUUUAUUGUUUUAUUUCUA